AUGUCUGGUGAGCUUACCAACGAAGAGCUCGAGCGUCUCGUUACCAUCAUGCAGAACCCUACCCAGUACAAGGUUCCCCAGUGGUUCCUCAACAGACAGAAGAACUUCACUGAUGGAAAGUACACCCAGCUUUUGGCCAACGGUCUCGACAACCAGAUGCGUGAGGAUUUGGAGCGUCUCAAGAAGAUCCGCGCCCAUCGUGGUCUCCGUCACUACUGGGGCGUCCGUGUCCGUGGUCAGCACACCAAGACCACUGGUCGUCGCGGUCGCGUCGUCGGUGUCUCCAAGAAGAAGUAA